CUAUCAAUAAGGCCAGCUUGGUAUCUUUUUCGAUGUUCUUUGUAAAUCUAACACAACUCAUACAAAUUAACGUUCCUUUGUAUUGAGCAAUACAUUGAUUUGUUUUGCAAUUCUAUUCUUACUAGAUAUUCCCCGACUAUAUACGCAUGGUUUCUUGUAGUUCAUAUAUUUCAAUUCGUGCAGAGAAAAUAUCUAUCUAGCUCCUUGUGAGCGCAUAUCUGGCGCAAAGAUGUGGCUGCCUUUUACCUUUUUAUUCUUCUGCAUACUGCAAUUGGCAGCUUGCGCAGAGGACUUCUACCAACUUCUUGGUAUAGACAAGCAAGCUUCAGAAAGAGAUAUCAAGCGCGCAUAUAGGACUUUGAGCAAGAAGUAUCAUCCGGACAAGAACCCAGGAGACGAAACAGCUAAACAAAAGUUUGUUGAAAUCGCCGAAGCUUACGAAGCCCUCUCCGUCCCAGAAACCCGCAAAAUAUACGAUCAAUAUGGACACGAAGGACUAAAGCAAAGACAACAAGGAGGUCAAGGUGGAGGUCACCACGACCCAUUCGAUCUUUUCUCUAGAUUCUUUGGCGGAGGCGGACAUUUCGGCGGCGGCCAUGGACAACGAAAAGGACCCGAUAUGGAAGUGCGAGUAGGAAUACCCCUCCGCGAUUUCUACAAUGGGCAUACCACCGAAUUUCAACUCGAGAAACAAAUGAUAUGUGAGGAAUGUGAGGGAUCUGGAUCUGCCGAUGGUCAAGUCGAUACUUGUAACGUAUGCCACGGCCAUGGAGUCCAAUUAAAGAAACAUCAACUCGCGCCUGGAAUAUUCCAACAAGUACAGGUAAAAUGUGAUCACUGCGACGGAAAAGGACAAACAAUCAAACACAAAUGUCCCGUCUGUUCCGGUUCUCGCGUCAUCCGCAAAGUCCAGACGCACUCACUAGUUAUCGAGCGCGGAGCCCCCAAGGGCCGAACAAUAAAUUAUGAAAACGAAGCUGACGAAUCUCCUGAUUGGGUUGCCGGUGAUCUUCACGUUACUUUAGUUGAGAAGGAAGCGAAUCUCGAAGAAGACAACGAAUUAAAAGUUGACGGGACAUUCUUCCGUCGUAAGGGCGAUAAUCUUCAUUGGCGCGAAAUGCUCUCAUUGAGAGAAGCAUGGAUGGGAUCAUGGACUAGAAAUCUUACCCACUUAGACGGACACAUUGUGCAGCUUUCUCGCGAAAGGGGACAAACUGUUCAGCCGGGUCAUGUAGAACAUGUGAAAGGAGAAGGAAUGCCAAAAUGGCAUGAAGACGGUGAUAGUGUUUAUCAUGAUACGCAAUUCGGAGAUUUGGUUGUGGAGUACACAGUCGUCUUGCCGGAUCAGAUGGACAAGGGUAUGGAGAAGGAUUUCUGGGCUCUAUGGGAAAAGUGGAGGAAGAAGAAUGGAGUCGAUUUGGCAAAAGACAGUGGAAGACCCGAGACGCCAGUUACGGGAGGAAAGGAUGAACUAUGAUGCAUAUAUGUAUGAACGGGGUAGAGAACAGCGAGUCGGAAUUGGAGUUGAAGGAGUCCAGGUGGUCAUCAACAAAAGUAUCGGGAGUGAAAACUGAUCGAUUGAGUGAGUGAUGCAAUGCGAAUGGAAAUAUGUAUGAAUAGCCCAGAGACACAGCAGCGAAUUUUAGAAGUUCUUUUUGAUGUUACAUCAUUUGUUAGUUUUUAUCAUACCAUCACAUUAUAUCAUUCCCAUGUUAAGAAGAAGGGGUAAAAGUUCAUGUAUCCGUCAAAUA